AUGAGCUUUAUGACAGCUACGCUUACAGCCGCCGAAAUCAACGCUCUUAGCGACCCGACCAAAUCAAAUGACGACGCGAUCCGCGAUCUUGAUGCAGCUUCCCACUCGUUCAGCGUUGAUGUCGCGCCCUUCUUCCAGUCGAUACGGGUCAAAAAUACACUCGAUGCAUACGUCGAGCGGGCGAAGCUAGAGCCGAGUCUACAAGUGCUCGUGGUGAUCUUGAACUGCGAAUACAAGCUCUGGAAGGCACAUGAAGAGAUAUCCAUGAGACACAAACCUUACUUGACGCACUGGGUGGAGGCUCUCAUGAAGACCAACGAGGAGUCAGCCAAGGAGCAUGUUGAUACGCUCACUAGCAGCGGCACGAAGGCCGGACCCUCUACAGCGGACAUCCGGAAAACUAGGGCGAGAUACAUCACAGUGUUACUAUCGGAGGAACCAUCGUCUUCACAAGCGACGCCACAAACAAUACUUGCGAAGCUACACGACGAGGAUGCGCUAGCAGCAUUCGAUCCGCUGCCGUACAUGCAGAUGCUUGUUGAGGAAGAAGUCUGGGACAAGCUGCCCGAGUCGCAAGUACGAGCUUCUGAACGGCCUGCUCAAAAGCCCAUACCAACGGCGAAAGAGAAGAAGUCGCUGCACAAGGGUCAAGCGCAAGAAGUUGACAGCUCACAGUCAUGGGACGAUGUUAUACUUCGAAAGCUCAAGGAAGAACCUGAACAGGCCGUUCAAGAACUCGAGCAUCUCCCACUCGAGAUCCCAUCGCUCGACUUCCUUACGAAACUCCACGUCAAUCGCACCUUCGAGGACCUCGGCAUCGACGGUCAAGACGUUACCCUUCAUUAUAUACAACACGCACUGCGGCUCAUAGAGAAGAUGGAGGCGCCUCCUCCAACGUCACAGCAGGAUACAACGACCAAUGGUCCUACCAACGGCGUUGGCAACGGCAUCCCAAUUGUAGAGUACGGGAAGGAAGCGCAAAGCCGUGCCGUCAUCAUACUGCUACUGUUCAUCAAGAGUUCGAUCAGCAAGGGUUUCCUGGAAGCGACAUCACUCUUCUUUGAGCUUCAGGAGAUAUGCGUGCGAUAUGUAUGGAUCAAAGAGGUUAGGGACUUCCGGGCUUGGGCACAAGGACAGUUAGGUAACUAG